AUGGCGCCCCGUGGUCGUGGAGGAAAGUUCUCCAAGCCCUCUCGAGGAGGUGGCAAGCACUUCAGCAGAGAUCUCCAACCAUUAGACAAAGAUGGUAACCAAAUGGGUCUCUGGCGGGAGCCUGGAGAACAGAUCAACUCAGAGGAAUCCUCGUCCGAAGAAGAGAGCUCCGAGGAAUCUAGCGAGGAAGAGUCCAAACCCAUCGAGUCGUCCGAAACCGGCGGAACUCGUGAAGAGCGUCGCGCAGCUGCCAAAGCUAAGAAGGCGGCCGCAUUGAAGAAGCGAGGCCAAGGCCCUGCCCAACCAGGUGAUUUGCCUCCUUCCGACUCCGAAGAAUUCGACACCGAUCUCCCCGCCAACCCCAACCAUACCGCCAAGUCACGCUCACAGACACAAAAGGCUGCUGAACCCGCUGCGGAGCCCAAGAAGCCCGUCAAGGUCAAGGACAUCUCGCAGCUAUCACGACGCGAGCGCGAGGCCGUCCAGGCCCAACAGGCCCGUGAGCGUUACCAGAAGCUGCAUGCGGAGGGCAAGACCGACGAGGCGAAGGCAGAUCUGGCUCGUCUUGCAGUCAUUCGGGAGAAACGGGAGGCAGAGCGCCUGCGCAAGUUGGCGGAGAAGGAGGAGAAGGAUGAGCAGGCGAAGGAACGCGCUGCUGCCAUCCAGGAGCGUGAAGAUCGGAUGCGCGCUGCGGCCAUGGGGACUAAGAAGACUGGCAACAAGAAGAAAUAA